AUGCAUUUGUUUUUUUAUUCGCGUUCUAUUUUUGUGUGUGACGGUUCCGUCCGGCGAAGAAGUAUCUAUUUUCCAAAUAAAUUUGAUGAUUUUCGUUUAGAUCGUUGAAAUAUUUGCAAAAUAUCUUCAGUUUAACACCAAAAUUCAAUAUGCAGAACGGAGACGGUGCGCCGACGGCAGUAGAAACUACCAAAAAGCCUAUACCAGAAGAGGUGACGAAGCAGUCCUUCCGCGUUAAAGUAUGGAGACACUUGGAGACAAAUGGACUGGCGAUGUUCCCUCGUCCGGUCUACAACAGAAUUCCGAACUUCAAGGGUGCCCCCGAGGCGGCGGCUAAACUUGCCGAGCUGGACGUAUUCAAAAACGCCAAUACAAUCAAAGUGAAUCCAGACAAACCACAGGAAACUGUCAGAGUCAUAUGCCUGGAACAAAAGAAGACCUUGUACGUGCCGGUACCACGCCUGCAAACUGGAUUCCUUAAUCAUUUGGAACUACCAGAGGGGCAGACCGGCCCGGCUGCUAUAAGGCAAGCAGUCUCACGGAAUGGAAUGGAGACAUAUGGAAAACCUAUAGGAAUAGAAGAUUCCGUUUCGCUAGAUUUGGUGGUCAUGGGUUCCGUGGCAGUGUCCAAAGAAGGAUAUCGUAUUGGCAAAGGACGAGGUUAUGGCGACCUGGAAUUUGGCCUUAUGAUGCACAUGAAAGCAAUAAGGCCUAACACCAUUGUUGUGACUACUGUCCAUGAUUGUCAGGUGUUAGAUACGUUGCCUGCAGAGUUGUUUGGCCCUCAUGAUGUACCAAUCGACGUGAUCGUCACACCCACACAGGUGAUCGAAACCCAACGCAUGAGUCAGCGACCAGUCGGUAUCUUGUGGCAUCUACUGUCCAAUCGGCGUAUUCAGCUGAUGCCAGUGCUCUCGCAAUUAAGAGAUAUUGAGAUGCUUGCGGGCCGUGCAUGCGCGCUCAAGGAAGAGGACACCGACGUGGAGGAGCGCGCCCCGCCGCGACAGCGACGUCCGCGGCGCCGCACGCGCAGCCACAAGAGCCACAGCGAGGGAGAGGGCAACACAACAGAAGGCGAAGAAGGGAAAAGCGGCAAACCGCGUCGUCCGGCUCGUCGCCGCAAUAGUAACAAGUCGGCAGGAAAGGACGGCAAGGAAGGGAAGGAAGUAGAUACACGUCCAAGGCGCUCCAAGCGGCCGCGCCCCGUUAUUGAUUUCUCCGUUAAGAUAUCAAACAUUAGCCCAAAUACAAGAGUGCGCGAUCUAAAGCAGGCAUUGUCGGAUCGCGGUGUCAAACCACAGGUUAUGGUGUGGAAGGGUUUCCGUGGAUUUUGUUAUUUGCAUUUCUUCAAGCCAGGACCACAGAAGGGCGAGGGCGACAGCGCCCCGGCGGCGAGCAUGGAGGGCGUGCUGGCCGCGCUCGCGGAGAUGUCGCUCGGCGGCAGCGGGGACGGCGCCCCCACCGACGACGACAAGCCGCGCCUGCUGUGUGUGGAGCCCGCCCCGCCCCGCGCCCCGCCCGCCGCCGCGCCCGCACCACAGAGCGGACACGAGCCGCGCCUGCUGUGUGUGGAGCCCGCCCCGCCCCGCGCCCCGCCCGCCGCCGCGCCCGCACCACAGGUACCGCGCACAUAG